CACAAAUAUAAAGACAAAAAGACAUGGGGUAUAUACUUAGAAGGAUUCUCUACGAUUUUGAAAUGUCCCACCACAGCGAUGAUCAACUUCUGCAGGCUGGAAGUGAUUCCUUUUGGGAACCUGGCAACUAUAAACGAACUACCAAGCGCAUUGAGGAUGGCUACAAACUCUGCAAUGACCUACAGCAACUGAUACAGGAGCGAGCUGAUAUUGAGAAGGGAUAUGCAAAAAGUUUGCGCACCUGGUCAAAGAAAUGGGGUGAACUCAUUGAGAAAGGCCCCGAAUAUGGCACCACCGAAGCAGCAUGGAAGGGUGUUCUUACCGAAUCGGAACGCGUCUCCGAUGUGCAUAUGAAAAUCAAAGAUAAUCUAUGCAAUGAUGUCAACAGUCAGAUUAAAACCUGGCAAAAGGAUAAUUUCCAUCACACACUAAUGCAGAUCAAAGAGCGCAAGGAUCUGGAGGAUUUGUUCAAGAAGGCACAGAAACCAUGGGCCAAACUGUUAGCCAAAGUGGAGAAGGCCAAAGCAGACUAUCAUUCUGCAUGCAAAACAGAACGUAGUGCCACCAAUCAAGAGCGUAAUGCCAAUGCUGACAGUUCACUAUCACCGGAUCAGGUAAAGAAAAUGCAUGAUCGCGUGCAAAAGACCAAAGAUCAAGUGCAAAAAUGUCGCGAGAAAUAUGAACAAGCCAUUUCCGAAAUAACCAAAUACAAUUCGGUUUAUAUUGAGGAUAUGACAUCAGUUUUUGAAAAGUGCCAAACCAUAGAGAAGACUCGUUUGCAAUUCUUUAAGGAUAUUCUAUUCAAUGUGCAUGCAUGUCUCGAUCCCACCAAAGUGCAAAGUCUGCCACAAAUCUAUGAGGAAUUCUAUCAUACAAUUAACAAUGCGGACCAACAAAAGGACUUGAAAUGGUGGUCAAAUAAUCAUGGUAUUAACAUGGCCAUGAACUGGCCGUCAUUUGUGGAAUACACCGAGGAAUUCCGUGAUAUAGCCAAGGGAAACAAAUCAAAAGAGGCAUUACCGGCCGCACCCAUAACGUUAAUCAAUCAGCGGCCAGUGGCCGAGGAUGUGCAUGAAUAUUCCACAACAAAUAGUCUAAAGAAAACAAAUGCCAACACCAGCGUCAACAGCAAAGCGAGUGGCAAGAGUGAACAAGCAAUAACGCAAUCUUCUGCCACAACAGUUGAAGCCAAAUCAGCGUCAACAGCUACCGGCACGGCGGCAGCGGCAGCAGCAGCAGCAACAGCGGCGGCAGCGGCAUCAUCGAAUCGCAAUUCGAGCGUAACCAAUGGCAACGGCAACGGCAACGGCAAAGUCGAUGCAAAUCCAUUCGAAGAGGAGGAGGAGUGGGACGAGGGUGACAAUGUGCUGGUCGACAAUGGUGAGCCGGGUGUACCAGUCAAAGCAUUGUACGACUACGAGGGCGCUGAAAGCGACGAGCUCACAUUUAAGCAAGGUGAGGUCUUUGAGAAGCUCGAAGAUGAGGAUGAACAAGGCUGGUGCAAGGGACGCAUGAAUGGACGCGUUGGCCUGUAUCCGGCCAAUUAUGUUGAGAUAUUUAACUCGUAAAAUAGUCGAAUAUCGUAAAUACAGAUGAAUCGAUGCGUAGAUACUGAGAA